AGCUGGCUAAACUGGCUGUCUCGUCGAGAUGUUGGACACCAAGUGGCCGCCGCUGUUGCUGCUGCUGCUGCUGCUGCUGAUGCUCCUGGGCCAGCAGCUCCAGGCCUUCGACUACUGCGAUCCGACCCUGUGUCCCGGACCCGAGAGGCACAUAGCCUGCAACAAUUUCGGGGCGCUGGCCGACAUCUGCGGUCCGGAUGCCCACAUUGUGCGGAUAACAACGGCUCGUCGCACCAUGAUCCUCAAUGAGCUGAACGAGUACCGCGAUCGGAUUGCGAGGGGCGAUCUGAUGGGCUUCAGUCCGGCCACCCGGAUGGCCACGCUGCAGUGGGAUCAGGAGCUGGCCAGUUUUGCGGAGCUCAAUGUGAAACGAUGUGCCCUGGUCAACGAUCAUUGCCGGAAUAGCGAGCAGUUCCGCAACGUGGCCCAGGUGGUGGCCGAAGGCGGUUGGCAAGGAGAUCCCUUGCCGCCGAGCUCUCCCGAUGGCAACCUCAAUCCGGAGGCACCGAUCCCGGUGGAGUACCACACGGAAGAUGAGGUGAUCAAGGCCACGCUGGAGCAGAUGUUCGCCGAGUACAAGGAGUGCAGCAUGCGGGAUAUUAUGGCUUUCAGUCCGCCCAACAACAGAAUCCUCCGCUUGCGCGUCAGCAAGUGCAUUGCCUACUUCACACAGCUCGUCCGGGAUAGCACCACCCACGUGGGCUGCGGCAUUCUCCGGCAGACCAAGAACACCACCAACGAGGCCGGCCAGUCGCUGUCCAGUGUCCACCAGUACAUGACCUGCAACUUUGUCCGGACAAACGAUGUCAAUGCCCCGGUCUACCAGAGCGGCGAUCGUCCGGCCACCGAAUGCCGCAGCGGACGGAAUCCGGUCUUCAUUAACCUGUGCUCCGUCAACGAGAUCUACGACUCCUCCAACCUCGCUGGCCUCUUCUGAAGUGGCGAGCUCUGCAGUUCCAAGGCCAAUUAACUUUAAUAAACAUGAAAGGACUUCCA